AAGCAGCAAAGAAUGUUCAACCAACCCACAGUGUGUAGCUGGAACAGACAGCAAUAUGAUUGUGGGAUACAGUCUUCACUGCACAGUCCCUCGAAACGGCUCUCCGUACGCGUAACAAUAUUCUGGAUGCAUGCGACGUUGAUCUUCUGUGGUUUUUCGGUCAUGUAUUUUUUUUUGUAGUGUGGACUACAUUAUGUGCACAUCGAGAAUAUUUUAAUCUCUUCCGUAUUUCUGUCUGUCUGGAUUUGGGAGUCUACAGAUAACUAGCCACUUUUUGACCAAGGCUUCGAAUAUUUCAUUUUGAUAGCACAAUUGGGGAAACAUUUUGAUAUUCUUACGUGGAUAUACUUGGACUUUUUCACGGUUUCAGUCUAGUUGGGUGAAGGGACCGUUUUUCAAUCCACGCACAUCGCUCCCGUUGCAGUGUUUCGUUCUGCACGGUUCGAUAGUAAAUCCUAUAAACUUGACCAGAGCAUUUUCUCAGAAAUACACUUUUCGUCUGAUCUGAUGUAUUGCGCGGCGCAGUGCAUGUUGAUAAGUACGAUGUAUUAUUCUUAAAAAACGAGGAUUGUGGAGGUCAUUAAUCAGUGCCAAUCAUAAUGGCAAACGACGACAACCGCUGUAUAGUGGAAAAGUACAUUUGUCACAAACUCUUGAAAAGGGGAUAUGCGUGGGAUUUCGAGAAUGCCCAGGAAGAUGCUGAUAAUAAUGGGUCGAUGAUUUCUCCUCCGCCUGGUUUGGCACGGCGGUGCCACGGAGCCAAUAACGCCAGACCGGGCAGCGUCCCCCAUCUUUCCAAACGGCUCUCCCAAACGGACCCGCAUGCAGCUAUUCACAGAGUUUUGCGUGAGGCCGGGGACGAACUCGAACGACUGUACCAGCCCGACUUUGCGGAGAUGUCACACCAAUUGUAUCUCACGUCUUCUAUGGCAGAAAGGAGAUUCAGAGAGGUGAUAGACGAGCUGUUCAGGGACGGGGUUAACUGGGGACGAAUUGUCGCCUUCUUCGAGUUCGGUGGCACAAUAUGUGUGGAAUGCGUGCACAAGGAAAUGACGUCGCAGGUUGACCACAUCGCCGGGUGGAUGACGGAGUAUCUAAAUGGACCGCUGCACAACUGGAUUCAAGAGAACGGGGGUUGGGAGGCCUUUGUUGAGCUCUAUGACAGACAGAGGGACUCCGUGUUCGAUUCAUGGCCGUCCAUCAAGACUGUCUUUGGCCUGGCUGCACUGGGGGCCGCAAGCCUUACCAUCGGAGCUUACCUUACACAGAAGUGAAGGAGUCCCCCCCCCCUCUCUCUUUCUUUUUUGUCCUCCCUCCCUCCUGCUCUCACUCCUUUCUCUUUUCAAAGGCCCCCUCCAAGAUCCCCAACCUGCCUGUCUUCAAAGCUUCUCUCCCCGUUCUCGGAAAAAACUCCCUAUUCCUCAUCCCUCACUUAAAAAAACAGACACAAAUCAAACAACAGCAGGAAACGGAGUCACUGCCCACACAGAAGAAAAUAUGUCAUGAAAGUCGUGCCAUUUAACUGUAAUCACAAAAAGUUUGGCUUGAAAAGAGACGAGAGGAAGGGAGGGUUGGUGUCGUUUUUGUUUUGCCUGCUUGAGUACUAGUUGUAGCAUGAAACCUUUGUGUGCUCGUGUAGACUUGUGUAGCAUGUGUCGGUGAAGCAAAAGAAAGCAUAGACACCCUUAGAAGAAGGGUUCCAAAAUGGUUCCUCGGUUGUCCCCAUAGGAGAACCCUUUUUGGUUUCAGGUAGAACUGUUUGGUGUUCCAUGUAGAACCCUCAGUGGAAAGGAUUCUACAUGAAACCCAAAAGGGUUCUACCUGGAACCAAAAAUGUUUUUUCAAAAGGUUCCGCUAUGGGGACUCCCUUCAAUCCGCCUUCAAAGGACUUCCUCCACACAACAGCUGCUCUGAAUGUAUAAUGGAAGGAGCUCGCUACUAACCAGCACGGUGUGUCUGUCCACCCACCGCUUCUAUACUGCAAUAUACCAGGAUACCAGGAGCAUCACUGAACUCUGAACACAGAACAGUUAGUAACACACACCAGCUCUGACAACACGUCUUCUAGGCGCCACAGACACAACUUGCUCUGCCUCUCUUAGAGAGAUCUGUUGGACAAUGCAGUAGAGUCACUUUUUUUGCAUUUGACCCAUAUGAAAUGUAAUAAGAGAAAGAUCGAGGGAGGUAUUAAAGAGAAAGAUUGCAUUGAAGAGAGAAUAGAGGGAGGUAUUAAAGAGAGAAUAGAGGGAGGUAUUUAUUGAAGAGAGAAUAGAGGGAGGCAUUGAAGAGAGAAUAGAGGGAGGUAUUGAAGAGAGAA